GCAAAUUAGACCGUUCUGAUUGGGCAGCCGGUGGGACGGAAAGGGCGCGCGGCGGCGUGGGUGGCAUCUAUUGGUGACAACGCGAAGCCCCUUUGGAGACCCAGGCAGAUAUAUAACAACAUGGAAGCAUUCUUGAGCCCAAAAGAAUCUGCCAAGUUCAUUGCUGAAAAUAGCAAAGAUGUGUACAUUGAAGCUGAUGGCGUGCAGAAAGUGGCUGAGAUGUUAUUUGAUAAAGUCAUGGAGAAGGACUUUAGCGUGGCUGGAUGGAAGUCUUCUCAUGAGCUGAAUCCUCAAGCAACAAAUGAAGAUGCAGUCAAUUGGGUAUUCCUUUCUGAUGCCCUCAAUUUUUCCUUUUGGUCUGAACAUGAGGAUCAUAAAUGCCUGGUGAAGUACAAAGGCAAAGCAUACAGUGGUUUCUGGUCUCUUUGCGCUGCCAUCAACAGAGCACUUGAUGAGGGGUUGCCCAUUACAAGUGCUUCCUAUUAUGCAACUAUAACACUGGAGCAGGUGAAGCAUAUAUUUCGCUCGGAUACAGAUGUCCCCAUGCCGUUACUUGAAGAAAGGCAUCGAGUAUUGAAUGAGACCGGGACUGUUCUCCUGGAGAAAUUUGGAGGCUCUUUCCUCACUUGUGUUAAGAAAAGUGAAAAAAGUGCCCAGAAAUUGUUGCAACUAGUAGUAGAAAAUUUCCCAUGCUUUAGAGAUGAAUCUACAUUUCAGGGAAGAAAGGUGGCUUUUUACAAACGGGCCCAAAUCCUUGUAGCCGACACAUGGAGUGUGUUGGAAGGGAAAGGAGAUGGCUGCUUCAGUGACAUUUCCAGUGUGACCAUCUUUGCCGACUAUAGGUUACCACAAGUGCUGGUUCAUUUGGGAGCAAUGAAGUACUCUGAUGAACUGAUGAAAAAACUCAAAGAAGGGCAAAUGCUCCAGUCUGGAGAGAAGCUGGAGGUGGAAAUCCGAGGCUGCUCUAUUUGGUGCUGUGAACUCAUUUGCAAGCAUUUGCUGAACCUUUAUAAAAAGAAAGGUGAGGACAUCAGUGACAAAAUCAACCCUGUUCUCCUGGAUUAUUAUCUGUGGGACUACGCUCGGGAUCAUCGGGAAGACAUGAAAGGAAUUCCUUUCCAUCGCGUACGGUGCAUAUACUAUUGAUACCAUUUUUAUGAAUGAUACAACAGUAUCAAAAUAUCUAAUUUUUCUAUCUACACGUUUGAAAUUUGCAAACAAUAUAAGAGGGAAUCUGUAUUCUAUCUUUGUAAUAAGCUGGACAAAAACUUCUGUGCAUAUUAUUACAACAAAGGCAUUUUUCUGUCACGCCUACAGUUUUAUAUAUUGCUUCUUAUUCUGAUUACUUUGUAUCACGCUUGACUGUUUUUUUAUUAACAUACUGAAAUUGUGGUAUGAUUUCCAGCAAGAAAUUUUUUUAUUCAAUAAAAAUGGGUAAUAUAAUAAGGUAUCUGGAGUCCU